GACUCAUAUAAAAGAUUCGUUCAUUUUGAACGAAUGACUCGCGAACCACACAUCACUACUGGAUAUGUUACAUUUGGUAGACAAUGUAAAGGGGGAUGCUGUCGUGUGUUUUUGUGUUGAAGAUUGAAACUGUCAACGGAAGACGGGUUCGAAUCCCAGAGCGCGUUUUGAACCGAACUAAAUCAUUUCCAUUCCGGUAUGAACGAGGCUGCAGGUCUGCGGCUACGGCGGCACCACAGACCGAGGAUCAUCACCGACGAUGAGCUCCCGGACAACCGUUAUAAGGGAUCCAGCACCUACAGUGGGAAGGUUUUCCGCGUUACGUUUCUCUCCCUGGGCGGCUUCGUGUUCCUCUCUCUGCUUGUUAUUGUCUUCAUUUUCAAGUCACCGAUUCAGCCUGAGGUCUUCCGUCUGAAGGAGCCGCCCCUGAUGACCGGCUGUUGGGAACCAAACCUAAAAUUGCGGAAGGCUACAAGAAUCUUUGAGAACCAGAUCCAGGGACCUGAGUCCAUUGCCAACAUCGGAGAUGUUCUGUUUACUGGAACAGCUGAUGGGAAAAUUGUGAAGCUGAAUGGUCGAAGGCUUCAUACAGUGACACAACUUGGAAAACAUCCGUGUGGAUCUAAAGAUGAUGAGCCAAACUGUGGAAGACCUUUAGGGAUCAGGGUCAGCCCUAAUGGGACCCUAAUGGUAGCAGAUGCCUACCUGGGCCUGUUCGAGGUCAACCCCACGACAGGUGAACCGAUGUGUUUUUUGUUGUUUUCUUCUUUUGUCAGAAUGACGGCCUCUAAUUUCCCUCUGGGCAUCUGUGCAGGUGAGACCACCAGGUUGGUGGAGGGUGGUCAGGUGGUCAAUGGCAGGAAACUGUCCUUUAUUAACGACCUAUCUGUGACGCAGGACGGGAAGAAGGUGUAUUUUACAGACUCCAGCAGCAGGUGGCAGCGUAAGGAUUAUGUGAACCUCAUUAUGGAAGCUACAGCUGAUGGACGGGUUUUGGAGUAUGACACCGAGACCAAAGAAGUCACUGUUAUCAUGGAGAACCUUCGUUUCCCAAAUGGAAUUCAGCUGCUUCCUGAUGAAGAGUCAGUACUGGUGGCUGAGACCACUAUGGCCCGGAUUCGCAGAGUCCACGUGUCUGGCCUGAAUAAAGGUGGGAUGGAAACCUUCAUGGACAACUUGCCUGGUUUUCCUGACAACAUACGCCCGAGUUCCACUGGAGGUUACUGGGUAGCCAUGUCCAGAGUGCGUCCCAAUCCCGGGUUCUCCACAUUAGACUUUCUGUCACAGAGGCCGUGGAUCAAGAAACUUAUCUUCAAGCUAUUCAGUCCUGAAGUCCUAAGCAAGUUUGUCACCAGCUACAGUUUGGUGGCAGAAAUCCACGAAGGCAGUGUCUGCACCCGAAGCUUUCAUGAUCCUAAUGGCGUGGUGGCGGCCCACGUGAGUGAAGUCCACGAAUAUGACGGGACUCUUUACAUCGGCUCCUAUCGAUCGCCAUACAUCGCAAAACUUGACCUGAACAACGUGUAAAAAAAAAAAAAAAAAAAAAAAAAA